AUUUUAUCCUCUACCUUUAUCAGAAAUCCUCAUCAUGUCCAUUCCAAAAACUACAAAAGCUUGGGUUGUUGAAACCGGAGAUAGCUUCGACGCUUUGAAAUUCAAGGAAGAACCUAUCCGAGAACUGGGCGACACAGAAGUCUUGGUUAAAUUUCACUUUGCGUCUUUGAACUACCGCGAUCUUAUCAUCCCAAAAGGUCAGUUGGAUGGCAUAAAUGCUCUUUGAAGGACUCUUUUCGAACUUGGGUUUUUUUCUGCCCCGCUAUUUUGAAGUGGGGUAGUGGCAAAUGACCAAGACCUUCCACCGAGAAAUAACAGUAGUUCAACGAUGACCACAGAUUCGCAAAAUUACGAAGUACUACCUGCACCAGGAGAAAACUAACAUCUUCACAGGCCUUUACCCUUUUCCAUACAAACCAGAUGUAGUACCCGGUUCAGAUGGAGCAGGAGAUGUCGUUGCCGUCGGAAAGAAAGUCGAUCGAUUCCAAGUCGGUGCCAAAGUCGUAACUCUUUUCAACCAAAAACAUCUGGCUGGCCCCGUAACACUCAAAGCAGCCAUGUCAGGCCUAGGAGGCGCAAUUGAUGGUACCCUUAGCCAAUACGGAAUAUUCAAUGAAGAAGGUCUGGUGGAUAUGCCCACCACCUUGAGCUACCAAGAAGCAUCAUCGCUUUCUUGUGCGGCACUUACGGCUUGGAACGGUCUCUAUGGUCUCAAGCCUUUGCUUCCAGGUCAGACUGUUCUAACGCAAGGAGCUGGUGGUGUGAGUAUCUUCGCGCUUCAAUUCGCUAAAGCGGCUGGUGCAAAGGUCAUUGCCACCACUUCCUCUGCCAAGAAGGCCGAACUUCUCAAGAAGCUCGGGGCUGACCACGUUAUAAAUUACAAAGAAGAGCCUGAAUGGGGUGCUAAGGCGAAAUCUUUGACUCGUAACGGAGAGGGUGUCGACCAUAUUCUUGAAGUCGCCGGACCUACAUCCAUGGUUCAGAAUUUCGAGGCCAUCAAGAUGGAGGGCGUGAUCUCUAUUAUUGGUAUGCUUGGUGGUGGGACCGACAAACAACCCAGUUUCUUGGAAUGCUUGAAGCAUGGUUGUACCGUUCGAGGUAUCUUGGUCGGAAGUCGCGUUCAAUUCGAGGAUAUGGUGGGUUUUGUUGCUAUCUUUUGGCCGACACAUCUGACUUUUGAAUAGAACCGUGUGAUUGACGAGUGCAAUAUCAAACCUGUAAUUGAUGAGAAGAUCUUUAAACUUGAAGAACUCAAGGAGUAAGUCGGAAGAAUCAUCAUGUACCCUUAAAAGCAAAUACUAAUCCUAUUGACAGGGCAUAUCAAUAUAUGUGGGACCAAAAGCACUUUGGAAAGUUGACUAUUAAAAUCGAGUAAAUAAUUUGUCAUAGUGACUUAUCACCUCAUCAUAUCAAAAUAUAAUGAUACAAUAUGAACUCCAAGAGCUAAGCCAUUAGCAAACUAGACUUUUUACCGACUGAUAUACUUGUGGAAUGCUUGAGAGGUUAUAUCACGUACACCCUCACCGAACUCGGUUUUCCUAAGGUUUCUACAGCAGUGAUUCAACACACAUCACUGCUAAAUACCUUAUAACAUAAGAUCUGGAAACCCC